CGCGCGGUGCCUCGGCCUGGCCCUGCUGCAGGAGGCCUAGUUGCGUCAGCGCCUGUCCUCCGCCCUCCGUCGCUCGGCGUGGUUCUCGGGCCCCGCCAGAGGGGGUGUUCGCUCAGCAGAUACCACCCCCAUCCAUUUCAAGGCUAUGAGCACAGCAGGCUCAGACACCAACAGCCAGGGCCAGGAUCUUAUCCGAAUCGUUUCCAGCUCCAGCAGAUAGAGUUUCUCAAGGGGCUGCUCCCUGAAGCACCCCUAACUGGGAAGCAGGCACCAUUACUGCCACCAUUCGUCUCUGGACUUGGGCCGAGGUUUCCAGGACCAGCUGCCAGGAGCAGGGAACUGGGGACUUGGGGUGGCCCCAGGGGCGUGCCUCCCAGAAGUCAGGUGCUCCAGAGAGGGUCCCCACGUCCUGCCCCACGUGGCAGGACUCUGCCGUGGAGAGGGGUCGACAGGCUCUCCUCCCAUUUCCAGGAACUAGCUAUCAGCCAGGGCCAGGAAGAGAGGGUCUUAGAGCUCUUCCUGCAGGAGCUCGGGGAAGGGAAGGCUGCCACGGCACAUGAUCUGGUCGGGAGGCUCAGAGUCCCGAAGAAGGAAGUCAAUCGAGUUUUAUAUUCUCUGGAGAAGAAGGGCCAGCUGCAUCGGGAGGCAGGAACGCCCCCUCUGUGGAGAGUCGCCGUGCAGGCUGGGAACCAGCACAGCCAAGUAGCCAGCGCCCCCAGCCGUGGCCAGGGAGCGCCUGCCUCACAGCCCAGUUUGGAAGUUGAAGACAGACGCUCCGAGUCUGGCUUGGAAGCUCCUACCGAGCCUUUUGACAUGGCUGAGAUCAAGGAGAAAGUCUGCGACUACCUGUUCAGCGUGUGCGGCGCCUCUGCCCUGACUGUGGCUAAGAACGUCGGCCUCACCAGGGCCCGCGACGUGAACGCCGUGCUGAUGGAGCUGGAAAGGCAGGGUGACGUGUACUGGCAGGGCACUGCUCCCCCCGUGUGGUAUCUGACCGACAAGAAGCGGGAGCGGGUCCAAAAGAAGAGAAACGCAGACCUGGGCCCCGAGGCCGUGCCAGCUGCCGUCCCCGAGACCGGAGGAGACGCGGUGCUCCCCUCCCGUCACCCGGCCAUGCCGGGCGCCUCGGACAGUGUGGCGGCUGCAGAGGUGCGGAAUGGGCAGGAACCAGUCCUAAAGCUGGAAAGCCAGCAGGGGGCCGCGCCAGAGCCCGUAAAACUGAAGCCACCUGCCCACGACAACGGCCCCUCGAGAACAGGGUAUGUUGACUUUGAAAAUGGCCAGUGGGCCACCGACGACAUCCCAGAUGACUUGAAUAGCAUCCACGCGGCACCAGGUGAGUUUCGCGCCAUCAUGGAGAUGCCCUCCUUCUACAGUCACGGCUGGCCGCGGUGCUCGCCCUACAAGAAGCUGACCGAGUGUCAGCUCAAGAACCCCAUCAGCGGGCUGCUCGAGUAUGCCCAGUUCGCCAGUCAGACCUGUGAGUUCAACCUGCUGGAGCAGAGCGGACCGCCCCAUGAGCCCCGAUUCAAAUUCCAAGUCGUCAUUGGUGGCCGAGAGUUCCCCCCCGCUGAAGCCGGCAGCAAGAAGGUGGCCAAGCAGGACGCGGCCCUCAAAGCCAUGACCAUCCUGCUGGAGGAAGCGAAAGCCAAGGACAGCGGAAGACCGGAAGAACCGUACGAUCCCACAGAGAAGGGGUCGGAGAAGAUGGCAGAGUCCCAGCCCAGCACCCCUUCCGCAGCAUCCUUGUUUUCUGGGAAGAACCCCGUCACGACCUUGCUUGAGUGUGUGCACAAGCUGGGGAGCUCCUGUGAAUUCCGCCUCCUGUCCAGAGAAGGCCCUGCCCAUGACCCCAAGUUCCAAUACUGCGUUGCCAUGGGAGCCCACACUUUCCCCACUGCAAGCGCCCCCAGCAAGAAGGUGGCAAAGCAGAUGGCUGCAGAGGAGGCCAUGAAGGCUCUGCACGGAGAGGCCACCAGCUCGGCGCCUUCUGAUGCCCAGCCUGGGGGCACGAACACCGAAUCCCUUGACAACCUGGAGUCUGGGAUGCCCAACAAGGUCAGGAGGAUUGGCGAGCUCGUCAGAUACCUGAACACCAACCCUGUGGGCGGCCUGCUGGAGUAUGCCCGCUCCCAUGGCUUCGCGGCCGAGUUCAAGUUGGUCGACCAGUCCGGCCCUCCGCACGAGCCCAAGUUCGUUUACCAGGCAAAAGUCGGGGGUCGCUGGUUCCCAGCCGUCUGCGCACACAGCAAGAAGCAAGGCAAGCAGGAAGCGGCAGAUGCGGCCCUCCGCGUCUUGAUUGGGGAGAACGAGAAGGCAGAGCGCAUGGGUUUCACAGAGGUAACCCCAGUGACAGGGGCCGGUCUCAGAAGAACUAUGCUCCUCCUCUCAAGGUCCCCAGAAGCACAGCCAAAGACACUCCCCCUCACCGGCAGCACCUUCCACGACCAGAUCGCCAUGCUGAGCCACCGCUGCUUCAACGCGCUCACCAACAGCUUCCAGCCCUCCCUGCUCGGCCGCAAGAUCCUGGCCGCCGUCAUCAUGAAGAAGGCCUCCGACGACCUGGGGGUGGUGGUCAGCCUGGGGACAGGGAACCGCUGUGUGAAGGGGGACUCCCUCAGCCUGAAGGGGGAGACGGUCAACGACUGCCACGCAGAGAUCAUCUCACGGAGAGGCUUCAUCAGGUUCCUCUACAGCGAGCUCAUGAAAUACAACCCCCAGACCGCGAAGGAGAGCAUAUUUGAGCCUGCGAAGGGAGGAGAGAAGCUCCAAAUCAAAAAGACCGUGUCGUUCCAUCUGUACAUCAGCACGGCCCCGUGUGGGGAUGGCGCCCUCUUUGACAAGUCCUGCAGUGACCGUGCCGUGGAGAGCUCAGAUUCCCGCCACUACCCCGUCUUUGAGAACCCCAAACAAGGCAAGCUGCGCACCAAGGUGGAGAAUGGGGAAGGCACAAUCCCAGUGGAGUCCAGUGACAUUGUGCCCACGUGGGACGGCAUUCGGCUCGGGGAGAGACUCCGCACCAUGUCCUGCAGCGACAAGAUCCUGCGCUGGAACGUGCUCGGCUUGCAGGGCGCACUGUUAACGCACUUCCUGCAGCCUGUGUACCUCAAGUCUGUGACGCUGGGUUACCUCUUCAGCCAAGGGCAUCUGACUCGUGCCAUCUGCUGCCGUGUGACGAGAGAUGGGAGUGCCUUCGAGGACGGACUGCGGCCCCCGUUCAUCGUCAACCACCCCAAGGUGGGCCGAGUCAGCGUGUACGACUCCAAGAGGCAGUCGGGGAAGACAAAGGAGACAAGCGUCAACUGGUGCCUGGCGGACGGCUAUGACCUGGAGAUCCUGGACGGGACCAGGGGCGCUGUGGAUGGGCCGCGGAACGAAUUGUCCCGGGUCUCCAAAAAGAACAUUUUUCUCCUGUUUAAGAAGCUCUGCUCCUUCCGGUACCGCAGGGAUCUGCUUCGACUCUCGUACGGUGAGGCCAAGAAAGCUGCCCGAGAGUACGAGAUAGCCAAGAACUACUUCAAGAAAAGCCUGAGGGACAUGGGUUAUGGGAACUGGAUCAGCAAGCCUCAGGAGGAGAAGAACUUCUACCUCUGCCCCGUGUGAGGGGCCAGGGCCUGGGGGGCGACACGGGGCCGCGGCUUUCCUCGUCACGUCAGUCUGCGGGUGUUCCUUUACUUUCCCUUUUCUUUAUUUGGUGGAAGCGCGUUGGUGACACUGGGAACGGUGGGUUCCUGUGUGCCCUGCUUCUGCCAGGGGCCAGGCCCGCCCGCCUGCCCGCCCCUGCCCUCUCCACCAGGAGGGGGCCACGUCGGCCCCUCCUGCCCACCAUGUGCAAGCCCCUCCCACUCAGCCCCACUUUGGUUUCCACGUCCUCUCCUCGUGUUUGCCACACCAGCCUCUCGCCGUCUGGGUCGGGCCGAUCCGCGCUGAGUCCUGUCGGGGCUGGAGGUUUCGUUGGCAGACUCUGCAGGCCCCUCUGUCUCCCUCUGCCCGUUUGCGAUUCCCUCCUUAUGAUCGUUAAGUUUCUCCUUUUCCUCCAAGAGGGUAAGAGGUGAACUUCAAGAAUUCGGUGAAACAGGUAUGAAGACAGGAGUUUACAAGUGCGGUCAGUUCAUCACUGAACCGUGGGCAUCCGCAGGUGGCGCUCGGUGACCUUCGGGUCUUGCACUUUAGCCAGCAAGGGGGGGAGGGCGGGCAGCUGGGCGGCAGAGAGGGCUGGCCUAGGGCUCGACCCACAGGAGCAAAAUCCCGGGGGGGGUGACACCGACCGCCCCCACGUGCAGACCAGCCUCGCAGUACCGCACACCCGCUGUCCUCUGGAAGCAUUCCUGGGGAUUUGUCCUGCCGGCGGGGCACAGAGGGCCACAGACCCCAAGGCCUGGGUGGGAGAGGUCCUGCACCACAAGUCCUCUCUGUUCAGAUAAUCAGGACUGAGAGGAAGGGCAGAACGAUCACGUUGGGUCAGAUCACGGCACCGCGCGGUAUCUUUCUCAUGACCGUGACACCAGGGAAAGCUGACCAAGUCAUGGUACCUUAGGAGUUUUUAAAAAUGUCAUAAUGUUGAUUCUUAACUGCUACAGAGCACCUGUACUUAAAAGAUUUUAAAAUCAGACCUAAUUUUUCAUUUAUCCAAGUGCUUUUGUCUGCCGGGGAGUUUCAGAAGGGCAGGCCUCAGGCCUGUCAGGGAGUCUUGGCAGGCUGGAUGCCCGACAGCAGUUGGAACCGAGUGAGGUGGGUCCCCUGUCUACACCUCAGGCUAGCCUCUCUGGAGCCCGGCUCUGCGCCUGCACCAGCCAGACCUGAGCCCGCCCCAGGUGACGCCUCUGUCUCUGCCCGCCGGCGCUCCAGGCCAGGCCCUCAGAUGCUUGUCCCCCUUCCCUCGUGCCCCCCUCCGUACUGCCGAGGCAGCCCUGUCUGGACCCCUCUUCUGCAGUAGAUACACUCACACUCACACUUUGGUUCUGGUGGCUACUGUUCCUCUGUGCUUUUGACCAAAAAUUGACCAAAAUUAAAAAAAAAAAACAAGUUUUUUUAAGUAUACUCAAGACGUCUUUGUGGAAUAGCCGGUUGUCCCACGGAGCCGGUCGGGACACAGUGCCUGUCUUCUGGGGUGAAGGGGCCCGGCCCCAUCGAGCGCACCUGCCAGAGGCGUGUGGGGCCGGUCUCCCGGGAGGCAGCCAGAGGGUCUCACCUGCUGACCCCACGGAGUGUUCAGACCCUCUGCUCCAUCUUGGGCGUUAGAAUCUCCAGCAGAGCUGCGACCGGAGCCCAGGGGCCCUCAAAGCAGCAGAUCCCCGCUCGCCCCAAGGUCAGAUGAGACGCACCGGCUCCUGCUGUAGGAAGGGGGCCCGGCUGUGCCCCCCAGGAAUGGAGGGUCAGAGCUCCCUCCCACAGUGCUCUACUUUCUUGUCCAAUCUUUGUUUUUAGUAACCAGGACGCCCUUCUUCCUUUUUUUAAAUGAUCUUUGUAGUUGAUUUGUCUGAACUGUGGCUAUUGUGCAUCCUCUGAAUAAUCACUUGUGAAAAUUGUCGCUGCUCGAAGCUAUUUCCUUUACUCACGUUGAGCGACUGUUGGUUUGGGUCCUGGUGCGACCCCACGAGCGGAUGGGAAGAACCCAAACAGACUUGGCGCCACCGCAGCUGCACUCCAGCCUCCGAUUCCGCUUUGAUGUGUCCCUCGAUAACCGUGACUAACAAUAUACAUUCCUCCUAAAUAAAGAGAAUCUGAAUUGUUA